UUCCUAACGAUAAAAAGAAAAAAGAAAAAAAAACAUCGAUUUUUUUUUUUUUUGGAAAUUUCUCUUAUUUUGUAGUUAUAUAUACCGUAGACCGUUUGAAUACCCGUUUUUUUUUGAACAGAAUUAAAAGCCCACAUCAUCACCUCUGAUCCUUACAGAGUGGAGACGAUCCCGUCCCUCACACAAAGAUUGGAAUUUUUUUUUGAACAUUCAAUCUCAAAAGCUGGUCUCUUUGAGUUCCUUUAAGCUUUGAUGAAUUCGAGGGGUCUCGCAUUAUCUAUUCCUUCAGACUCACCAAAAACAGUGGUUGAAAGGCUUGUGGCAGAAGAUGCAAGUGAUUCAGUCUUUCAUGGAGAAAGAGGUCCUUUGUUAAAUCGUGAGCAGAAUGGAGGGGUAGGCCCUCUCUCAAGCCCUGUAGGAAGUGGGAAAAGAGAAAUUUUUAUCAGAUCAUUUUCUGGAUCAAAAUAUCCUGUGCAUGAUGACAUUGACUUGGAAGAUGGCGACUUGGAAAAGGGCAGAGACAAAAUUUUACGCAAGCCUGUGAAGAUCCAAAAUCAGGCUCUCUUAUCUGGCUUUGCAUAUUGCAUAUCAUCAUGUAGCAUGAUCUUGGUUAAUAAAUUUGUGCUCUCUGGCUAUGACUUUAAUGCUGGGAUUUCUUUGAUGCUUUACCAGAAUCUUGUGUCAGUGGUCAUUGUUUCCACAUUAAGUAUGUUGGGCGUAAUCUCUACAGAACCACUUACAUGGAGAUUAAUUCGAGUCUGGUUGCCUGUAAAUGUUAUAUUCGUUGGAAUGCUUGUAACAAGCAUUUUCAGCUUGAAGUAUAUUAAUGUUGCCAUGGUAACAGUUCUUAAAAAUGUCACCAAUGUUAUAACUGCUAUUGGCGAAAUAUACCUCUUCAAGAAGCAACAUGACAACAGAGUUUGGGCUGCAUUAUUCCUAAUGAUAAUCUCAGCAGUUUCAGGAGGAAUGACUGAUCUCCAAUUUCAUGCAGUGGGUUAUGCAUGGCAGAUAGUGAACUGCUUUCUGACAGCCGCAUAUUCGUUAACAUUACGACGAGUUAUGGAUACUGCUAAGCAUGUGACAAAAUCCGGAAACUUGAAUGAAUUUUCCAUGGUUUUAUUGAAUAACGUUCUUUCACUACCACUGGGAUUGCUCCUUAUAUUUGCAUUCAAUGAAGUGGACUACCUCAUUAAAACGCCACUCAUGAAGAUGCCAGUUUUUUGGUUGGUGGUGACUUCAAGUGGGUUCCUAGGCCUAGCAAUUAGCUUUACUUCAAUGUGGUUUCUCCACCAGACAGGCGCAACAACUUAUAGUCUGACCGGAUCCCUAAACAAGAUUCCUCUCUCCGUCGCGGGAAUCAUUCUUUUCAAGGUUCCUACAAGCAUGGAGAAUUUAACAAGCAUUCUCUUUGGUCUAUUGGCAGGUGUGUUCUUUGCUAAAGCAAAAAUGAGGGAGAGAUCUCAAUCCUGAUGUUGAGUACGUUUUUUCCCCCCAGCGGAAAGGCAAAGUACUGAUGAAAUUUAGAUAUAGCUACAUUGUGAUCCUACAUGAAGUUUCGUGCAUAUAUUGAGCAAAUGAGCAUAUUGAGACUAGUGGGGGAUAUCAAUUGGAGACAAGAGUUCAGAAAUGCUCCUUGAUAUUCUUCUGACAAGUUUCAUGUAUAUGUUAGGCGGUAAAAGUAUUUUAGAUGUUCUUUAUUUUCCCCCAUUUUCACUUUCUCGUGUGGCCAUACUUCAAUUGAUCCAUUUGAUCUGUAAAGUCUCAUUCUAUUUGAGCCAUUACUACCUUAUAACAGCCAGAAAUGAUGAAUACUGCAGUGUAGUUUUUAUUUAUAUCAAGAUUUUAGUGGAGAAAC